UGGAGCGGGAGCCAUCGCGGCGCCUGCGCGCAGCAGAGGCGGCGGCAGCGGCCUGAGGAGCCCCGCGGGGAGAAGCGGCGGUGGGGUUGCGGUGCUUUGGCGCGGCGCUGGGCGGCCGUGAUCGCUCGCCACCAUGCCGGCGGUGUCGAAGGGCGAUGGGAUGCGAGGCUUGGCCGUCUUCAUCUCCGAUAUCCGCAACUGCAAAAGCAAAGAAGCAGAGAUAAAGAGAAUAAAUAAAGAACUAGCAAACAUUCGGUCAAAAUUUAAAGGAGACAAGGCUCUGGAUGGUUACAGUAAGAAAAAAUAUGUCUGCAAGCUGCUUUUCAUCUUUCUCUUGGGGCAUGACAUUGACUUUGGUCACAUGGAGGCUGUUAACCUGCUCAGUUCCAAUAGAUACACAGAAAAGCAAAUUGGAUAUCUCUUCAUCUCCGUACUAGUGAACUCCAACAGUGAGCUGAUUCGUUUAAUAAACAACGCGAUCAAGAAUGAUCUGGCAAGCCGCAACCCCACCUUCAUGGGGCUAGCUCUGCAUUGUAUUGCUAACGUGGGUAGCCGGGAGAUGGCAGAAGCAUUUGCUGGAGAAAUUCCAAAAAUACUUGUAGCUGGAGAUACUAUGGAUAGUGUGAAGCAGAGUGCUGCCUUAUGCUUGCUGCGUUUGUAUAGAACUUCUCCUGACCUUGUCCCCAUGGGAGACUGGACGUCCAGAGUGGUACAUCUCCUCAAUGACCAGCACUUGGGUGUGGUUACUGCAGCUACAAGUCUGAUCACCACUUUGGCACAGAAGAACCCAGAAGAGUUUAAAACUUCUGUCUCCUUGGCGGUGUCUAGAUUAAGCAGAAUUGUAACUUCUGCAUCAACAGAUCUUCAGGACUAUACAUAUUACUUUGUUCCUGCUCCUUGGCUAUCUGUGAAACUUCUGAGGCUCUUACAGUGCUAUCCACCUCCAGAAGACCCUGCGGUACGUGGUCGUCUCACAGAAUGCCUGGAAACUAUUCUUAACAAAGCACAGGAGCCACCAAAGUCAAAGAAAGUACAACACUCAAAUGCGAAGAAUGCUGUGCUGUUUGAGGCGAUAAGUUUAAUUAUACAUCAUGACAGUGAGCCAAAUCUACUAGUCCGUGCCUGUAACCAGCUAGGUCAGUUCUUGCAGCACCGAGAAACUAAUUUGCGUUACCUAGCACUGGAAAGCAUGUGCACGCUUGCCAGCUCUGAAUUCUCACAUGAGGCUGUGAAAACACACAUAGAAACUGUUAUCAAUGCAUUAAAGACUGAAAGAGAUGUGAGCGUACGACAAAGAGCUGUAGAUCUCCUGUAUGCAAUGUGUGACCGAAGCAAUGCCCAACAGAUUGUGGCUGAAAUGCUGAAUUAUUUGGAGACUGCUGAUUAUUCCAUUAGAGAAGAAAUUGUACUGAAAGUUGCAAUUCUAGCUGAGAAGUAUGCAGUGGAUUAUACCUGGUAUGUGGAUACAAUAUUGAAUCUGAUUCGCAUUGCCGGUGACUAUGUCAGUGAAGAAGUAUGGUACCGAGUUAUUCAGAUUGUCAUCAACCGAGAUGAUGUUCAAGGGUAUGCAGCAAAGACUGUUUUUGAGGCCCUUCAAGCUCCAGCAUGCCAUGAGAAUCUUGUGAAAGUAGGUGGCUACAUCUUGGGAGAAUUUGGAAAUCUGAUAGCAGGUGAUCCAAGAUCAAGUCCCCUUAUCCAAUUCAACUUGCUACAUUCCAAGUUUCAUCUGUGUAGUGUUCCUACCCGAGCUCUGCUUCUGUCUACCUACAUCAAGUUUGUGAACCUGUUUCCAGAAAUCAAAACUACAAUUCAAGAUGUAUUGCGCAGUGACAGUCAGCUAAAGAAUGCUGAUGUUGAGCUGCAGCAGAGAGCUGUUGAGUAUUUGAGGCUCAGUACUAUUGCCAGUACUGAUAUAUUGGCCACAGUGCUAGAAGAAAUGCCUCCCUUUCCAGAGAGGGAAUCUUCUAUUUUGGCUAAACUCAAGAAGAAGAAAGGUCCAGGCACAGUUACUGACCUGGAAGAGAUCAAAAAGGAGAGGAGCUCUGAUAUGAAUGGAAGUGCUGAACCUGCCUCAGUCAAUGCCAGUGCUGUUUCUACUCCUUCUCCAUCUGCGGAUCUGCUGGGUCUGGGUGCAGCCCCUCUCACCAAUUCAGCUCCCCCACCUUCCUCUAGUGGUAGCCUCCUGGUGGAUGUAUUUUCAGAUUCAGCUUCUGCUGUUGCACCUCUUGCUCCUGGUUCUGACGACAACUUUGCGAGCCCUGACCUGGCUUCAUCUGAGGUAGUUUCUGAGGAACCAGCUGAUACUGUGCAUGAUGCUGAUGAGCUUUUUCACAAGUUUGUGUGUAAAAAUAACGGAGUCUUAUUUGAAAAUCAGUUGCUACAAAUUGGAUUGAAAUCUGAAUUUCGACAGAACCUGGGACGUAUGUUCAUAUUCUAUGGUAAUAAGACAUCAACACAGUUCUUGAAUUUUACUCCAACAGUAAUCUGCUCAGAUGACCUUCAGCCAAGCCUGAAUCUUCAGACAAAGCCUGUUGACCCCACAGUGGAUGGAGGUGCACAGGUUCAACAGGUUGUGAACAUUGAAUGUGUGUCAGACUUCAUGGAAGCUCCAAUCCUGAACAUUCAAUUCAGGUACGGGGGAACAUUCCAAAAUCUUUCAGUAAAAUUACCCAUCACGCUGAAUAAAUUUUUUCAGCCAACAGAGAUGUCUUCUCAAGACUUUUUCCAGCGUUGGAAGCAACUGAGCAAUCCUAAACAAGAAGUACAGAAUAUCUUUAAAGCAAAACACCCAAUGGAUGCAGAGAUCACAAAAGCAAAGAUAAUUGGCUUUGGAUCGGCCCUACUUGAGGAGGUUGAUCCCAAUCCUGCUAACUUUGUUGGUGCUGGUAUCAUACAUACAAAAACUACUCAGAUUGGAUGCUUGCUGCGCCUUGAACCCAACCUCCAGGCACAGAUGUAUAGGCUCACACUACGAACAAGUAAAGAAGCUGUAUCUCAGAGAUUAUGUGAAUUGCUGUCAGAACAGUUUUAAUACUAACCAUGACAGUUUUGUUUUUCCAUUUAUAUCAUUGUCAUCAUACUUGCAAAUAAAUGUCUUGUACAUCACUGUCUGAGUACUGCAAUGUUAACAAAUACCAGCUCCCUGCCUUAAUAGGACUUGCCCCUUGUUUGAAAUUGUGAUUAGAAAAUGUACAGUACAGGGAAGUGACUUUUUACAUAAAAAGUGGCUUUUAAUAUGUUACACAAAGGGUGGAAGGGUUGUCUUUGUGCUCCUUUUAUUGCAGAGGUUAAACUUUUAAACUUGUUAAAGGGAAGUUGAUUUUGAUAGGCUGACCAAGGGUUUCAACUGGAAAAGAUUAGUAACGUUUCUCUCUUACUGCCUUUAGCAGGUACUCCCUCUGCUCUGAGCUGAAAGAAACCAGUGUAAUGCUGCUCGGUAGGGUUAAUGCCAGAUAUACAUGUAGAGUUAAAAGCCUUGUAAUGUUAAACAUUGCCACAAGUUUUGUACUGGAUGGGAAGGGCAGAUUACAAGGUGUUUGAUUUAAGUGGACAUUUAUGUUGAAUGUCGCCAAUCUGUGUUGUAUUUGAAAAAUGAUACAGGUCCAGAGUCUUAAAGUAUUAAUCUUAUAAUCCUUUAUGUCUUACUGUUUUCUGAUCUUUGGAAAGUGGAUUGAACACAAAAGCUAUUCUUAAUCCUUCUGCUUAUCUCAAAUAAUGAGGUGAGCUUCCCUGAUAGGUAGUGAAUGAGUACACGCUUGUUGGGUCAAACCGAAGUUAAAUAUUCUGUUCUGUUUUUUCUGCUACCCAUCAGAUUUAGCAAGCAGCAGUCCCAAUGAUGUGAUAUAACUAACUGCAGAGAGUAAGGGUUCUCAUCAGUGUGGUGUUGUAUAAAAGGAAAACAGGGAAGAAACGUGCCCUUUAAGGCUAAGGCAUGCACUUUGCUAGACAGAAAUCUAAUUUUAAACAUUUUUUUUCCCCAGUGUAUAAUAAUGUUAAAGCUUGAGGGGCUGAGUAACUGCUAUCUGUAUAGUUUUCUGUCUGUCAGUGGUGGUAAAAAUAUCCAACAUGGUGUAAAGAUCUAUGUUGAGACUGAGCUAGAAAAGCUGAAAAUAUUCAGCUUACAUAGUGGUUUUUACAACCAAAACCUCUGUACCUUGUUCCAGAUCAUCAAACUCUGCAGCCUCUCUGCACAACUCAGUGGGCGGAAUUUUGGCUCACAUUCUUGAAGCUUUGAGAUGCACCAGAGGCUGCCAAAACGAGCAGGUGAGGUUGUGCAGUUCGAAACUGCGGGCAGUUGUCAGUGAGGCAGUACUACAGGUCAGGAUGAACCAAGAGGUCAGCUGCUGCUGACGUGAGAAGUGAACCUCGGAUUAAGAUUCCCCUAAGGUUGUUUGAAGGAAGCCCGGGACUGUUGUCUCAGCACAUACAGCCAAGUCUGCCCUUGAAAUAAAAGCGUCAAGUGAUAGUGGUCGUGAUGACAGUGAGAAUCGUGCCCUGCUGCCCAGUGCAAAGGAGGGGACAGGAUUCUCCUUGGUUGAGUGUGCCUUGCUUUCCUUCAGUGCUUUGAGUUGAAGAUGGAACUAGGUGAUUACAGUUCGGUGCAGUGGAAGGCUAAUGGUUGUGCUUGAGUACCAGUGAAAAAUGAGAGGAACAAAGGUUUGGGUGUGGUGUGUGAUUUUGUUGCUUUGUUUUGCUUUUUUCCAGAAAUGGUUGGUAAUUUAUGGAUGUUAUGUCUGAAAACUUGUCUGUUGACCUGGUCUUUCUGAAAAAAGUUCUCUUAAACAAUUGGCCCUCUUGUGGCCUCCCACGCAGCUAAUCACAACUCUCUGAUCACAAAUAUUGUCUUUGAAAAAUCUUCAUACACGUUUCCUACACUCAAGUUGGGUAGUUGGCGGAGUACUACUGGAGUACCUACAUUCUGUCCUUUGGAGGCUGUAUGAUCUUUACUAAUCCCAUGAUCUUAACCAUGUUGGCUACUGUGUUAAAAAUUUGAUGUGCUGAACUAAAGGGAGUCUUAGCAGAGACAGGGAGUAGCUUUUUUCAUUUUUUUCCAAAUCCUGUUGUACAUCUGUUCCUCUGAGUAUGUUCUGUGCCCUCAUUAAAGGACAUCUUGAGACACACUGUACUAUAUUAGUUCACUUAGCUUUGGUUCCAGCUGUGCUAAAUAAAAAUGUGCAUUAAAAAUAUGCGUAGGAGGGGGGUAAGGGAAAGCAUCUUUUCAGUGGUGACUGUAUUAAGCUUAUGACUGUUCACGUUUUGUAUUAGAUGUCAGCUCAGUGAAGCCAUGAGCAGAACAGUGAACAAAUUAAGGAUAAAUACUUGAUUAUUUUUUUUUUGUGAAUGAUGGUUAACUUACCAAAGUGAUGUAUCCUCUCAAGCAGACAAAGUAAUUUCUGCAGUAAACAGUGUUAUUGUUUUCAAGUACAGUAUUUUCAGGCAUUGACAUGUGAAAAUAACUGAAUAGCAAAACAGGUAGCAUUUGUUCAUUCUUGACCUACACUCCUGUAUGUAACAUUUAUGGUGAUUGUCUUAUUUGUAUAAAACAAAGUUCUGUCAAAUUAAGUGGAGAAUUUUCAUAUAGAAGACUAUAUAUUAGACUAUAUUCAUCAGAAGAACAUAUUAAGAUUAAAUAAAUGAUUAGAACAGUAAUCAGACUGUCCUUUUUUGUCUGGGGAAAUGGGAGCAUAAAGAAUACUUGCCCAGAAUGGUUGUUUCGUUCUGAAUAUAAUGUUAUGGACCAACAAUCGAUGUAGGAUGGUUAAUUCUUUCCUACAAAUGACUGACUACAGGGUUGUGUUUGGUUCAGUCUUACCUGACCUGCAGAUCUCUGGUUCCCCACUGAGUUUGGGUUUCUGUAUGGAUUAUUUUUGUCACAUGUUAUAAAUAUUCUGCUGUAAAAACUUGAUGUAAAACCUGUCUUCCUCUAUGUUUGUAUGUUUAACAGCUGACCAUAUCACUAUUAACAGUACAUGCUACCGUAAACUGGUGUAACUCCUCAGAAUAAUAACUUGAAACCUAUGUUCACAGCUGCUUUUUGGAUUUCAGCUUGUUUCAAAACAGUGGUUCUUUCCUUGUUUCCAUUCAUUGCAGGGUACAAAUACCAAUGUACGUGGCAUCUCACACACGGCUUUCCAUGUUACUCUAUUUGAACGAUGGGGUAAGCCAGAAGCCGCAAAAGCACACGUCCCUAUCACACCGAGGCAGGACAUGUAAAAGAUUGAUGUUGCUGUAAAAGAAGAGAGUACCUGAACAACUAAAUAGCUUCACUCGAACUUUGCAUGUAUGCUUCAGGUUCUUCUUACUUCUCUAAAACUUACUUAAAAAUAAACAAAAAAAAAAGCCCCUGGGCAUUA